CGCGGGCGAGCAGGCUGGCCAGUGGGAGGGGGUGCCGGGCACGAGGACUCCCCCUGCCCCUCGGAAGGGUACGGGAAGAGAGGGCCCUGGAGGCGAGGACGGCGCAGCGGAGAGCGGCCGGUAUGCGGGGCCGCCCGACUGGCGCCGGGAACCCUUACCUGUGCCUCUUGGCUCCGUCCUUCUUACCCACCGGCCAGAGGGACUGGUGGUAGAGGCGGUGGGGACUGUCAUCCUAAAGAAUCCCCCCCAGGCCAGCAAUAAAGUUGUCCUGCUGUGAAUCGGUACCUGCGCAGACCUCGACUUCAUGGACCUCCUAGGGGAAGACCGACAAUGGACGGUGGGGAGGAAGUUAAUGCAGGUGAACGACACUCUGACUUCAGAAGACGCAGGACUCCGAAGCAGCAAGAACUGCACUGAACCAGCCCUGCAUGAAUUCCCCAAUGACAUCUUCACCAACGAGGAUCGAAGACAGGGGGCGGUGGUUCUCCACGUGCUCUGCGCCAUGUACAUGUUCUACGCGCUGGCCAUUGUGUGCGAUGACUUCUUUGUCCCCUCCUUGGAAAAGAUCUGUGAGCGCCUGCACCUCAGUGAAGACGUGGCCGGGGCCACGUUCAUGGCAGCCGGCAGUUCGGCCCCAGAGCUGUUCACAUCCGUCAUAGGGGUCUUCAUUACGAAGGGCGACGUGGGAGUCGGGACCAUUGUGGGCUCCGCUGUGUUCAAUAUCCUGUGCAUCAUCGGUGUCUGCGGGCUCUUCGCUGGGCAGGUUGUGGCUCUUUCCUCCUGGUGCCUGCUGAGGGAUUCGAUUUACUACACACUGUCAGUGGUGGCGCUUAUCGUGUUCAUUUAUGACGAACAAGUUUCCUGGUGGGAGUCUUUAGUCCUCGUGCUGAUGUAUCUCAUCUAUAUUGUCAUCAUGAAAUAUAAUGCUUGCAUCCAUCAGUGCUUCGAAAGGAGGACAAAAGGUGCUGGAAACAUGGUCAACGGCUUGGCCAACAAUGCUGAAAUUGAUGACAGCAGCAACUGUGACGCGACUGUGGUGCUACUCAAGAAAGCCAAUUUCCACCGCAAAGCGUCAGUGAUUAUGGUAGACGAGCUGCUGUCAGCCUACCCUCACCAGCUUUCUUUCUCUGAGGCUGGACUUCGAAUCAUGAUCACCAGCCACUUUCCCCCCAAGACCCGACUCUCCAUGGCCAGUCGCAUGUUGAUCAAUGAGAGACAAAGACUGAUAAACAGUAGGGCCUAUGCCAAUGGAGAAUCCGAGGUGGCCAUCAAAAUCCCAAUUAAGCACACCGUGGAGAAUGGGACAGGGCCUAGCAGUGCCCCAGACAGAGGCGUGAAUGGGACUCGGAGGGAUGAUGUUGUUGCCGAGGCUGGUAACGAGACAGAGAAUGAGAAUGAGGACAAUGAGAACAACGAGAAUGACGAAGAGGAAGAGGAGGAUGAGGAUGAUGACGAAGGACCAUACACGCCAUUCGACCUCCCCUCUGGAAAACUGGAAACAGUGAAGUGGGCGUUCACCUGGCCACUGAGUUUUGUCUUAUACUUCACUGUACCCAACUGCAACAAACCCCGCUGGGAAAAAUGGUUUAUGGUGACAUUUGCUUCUUCCACGUUGUGGAUAGCAGCCUUCUCGUACAUGAUGGUGUGGAUGGUCACGAUCAUUGGAUACACACUAGGGAUUCCUGAUGUCAUCAUGGGGAUUACCUUCCUGGCAGCUGGAACCAGUGUGCCCGAUUGCAUGGCCAGCCUCAUCGUGGCCAGACAAGGCAUGGGAGACAUGGCCGUGUCCAACUCUAUUGGGAGCAACGUGUUUGAUAUCCUCAUUGGCCUUGGUCUCCCAUGGGCCCUGCAGACCCUGGCUGUGGAUUAUGGAUCCUACAUUCGGCUAAACAGCAGAGGACUGAUCUACUCCGUGGGCUUACUCCUGGCCUCCGUCUUUGUCACGGUGUUUGGCGUUCACCUGAACAAGUGGCAGCUGGACAAGAAGCUCGGGUGCGGGUGCCUUUUCCUGUACGGCGUGUUCCUGUGCUUCUCCAUCAUGACGGAGUUCAAUGUGUUCACGUUUGUGAACUUGCCCAUGUGCGGGGACCACUGACCCGCCCGGCUGCCCGCCGAGCCUUGGUCCUCCUUUUCUGUGCAAUACAAGAUCCAGUCGCACCCCAAGUCACGCGGGCCCCCUCGGGGCCGGGGUCUCUGGCUCUCCCGCGCUGGUCACAGGCCUCCGCUCCUGCCUCGGUGACCCAGGCUGUCCCGCCCCUCCCUGCUCCCUCUCCUCCUCCGUGGGUUCCUCCCGCCCACCCCUUCCUGUCUCCUCCGUGUGAAGACUCUGACAUCCGCGUGAAUUUUCAAGCUCCAUUUUUGAACAGUGACUGAGAUUCUAGAAAAAACAAAAAACAAAACUGGCUGCUAACUGGCCCAAGCCAGGCAAAACUUAUUACAGUCCCUCCUCCUUUUUUAAGUUAUUGGAUGGAAGACAAAUCUAAUUUAUGACCUGAGACUGUCAAAGGAAUAGAGAGGAGAGGGUAUAUUGAUGCUAGGGAGUGUUUGGGAUUUCGUGAUGUUUUGAGAUGAUGCCUAGGUGACUGGGUUUGGGGAGAUGAUUUCACUUUGGGCGGGGGGAGCUUCCCCCUUUUCUUCCUUUUCUUCCAGAGAUGGAGAGCUUCUCUUCCAUCUUCUUUCACUGGGCUCUGGAUUAGCAGACGAUCCACAGGUUGUCCCUGCCAUGUAUUCUGGGACCGUAUCCCAGGCACGGCAGAAUAUGCAUGGAUUUAGUGCUUAGUAGAGGAACAUGUGGGCGGGGCCACCGGGAACAGAUGCGUGACAUUUCCUACCCAAGGACGCCUCCCGGAAGUCCUGUAGGCGUUACCAAGGGGGCACGAGGCUUUCCAGGAAGAAGACAGCUUCCCACAUAGCCAUUAGGAUCAUCUUUUUCUCACUAGGUUCCUUCUAGUCUCUCAAGCAAUAGUUCUAGCCUGCCUGAGGCCUUGGAUGAGGGGCCCUGGUGACACUUCCCAUCCGCGAGGAGCCAGGCAGUCAGCACCAGAAGCUUCCCAGCCUGUGAGUCCCUGAGAUGCACACUCGUCGCUUGGUAUUUGGGGUGACUGGGAGUGACCCAGAGGCCACCACAGCUUUUCGUGCAGGAGUUACAGACACUGGUUUCUUGGAAAAUGGAGAGAAGCACACUUUGCACAGACGUCGUCAAUAAAGUCCCAAUUUGCCACUCGGUAUUGAGUACACUGGACCCUGACAGCUGGCUCUUGCGCCAGCGUCCUUCCUCAUGGGACGCCUCCACCAAGCUGCCCCAGCUCCGCCCCUCCCAUCCUGGAGGGAUGGCUGGGGAAGGAGAAAACAGAGAACUGACUGACACCUUUGGAACCCCAGAAUGUGUUCAAUGCAGACUCACUCAAGGGCAUAAGUUAUUGUGAACGUUGUUGCCAAUCACUGCUCAACAGCCCUGCUAGAUUUUGUAUGAUGCUGAAUUAUUAUGCAGACUAAUUCCACCGAGUUGAGACCCACCCAUGCUUGUUACACUUGUAUUUAUUGAAACUGUGGAUUCUUGCCCGUGCUGCCCCCUGUAUUUACUUUAAGCACUGAUCACUUAUCAUUCAUUCAGUAUGGUUUUCCCCCCCGUCCCUUGUACACAUUCUGGUAUGAAUUGUAAAAAUAACCUGCUACAAAUUGGUUGAAUGUUUCUGUCAAUGGUGCAAACCGAGGCCAGCAUUAGCCGAUGGGGCACCUGCCCGAAGGAGGACCAGGAGAGGAAAUCACCAAUUUGGGCUCUCAGAGCUAAGACACGCGUAUUGAUUCUGUUGCACAUUUUGCACUGGUUUAUGGAGAUUGUUUUCUUGGACGGAUAGUGUAAAAUAAACUUUUCUGUUCUGUA